AUGCUACAUACUCUUCAGUUAGCACGUAGUAACAAAGAGGCAUUCACGGCAAUAAUUGUUGAUCGAUCCACAAAUAAAAUUGUAGCCGAAAGUUCAGCAAACUAUCAUAAUAAUCCAUUACAACAUUCUGAAACAGCUGUGCUAGAAAAAUUAAUUGAAAAAUAUACAGUAAAACAACGUUUAAAUAUGUCAUUAACACUAUAUACGACAGCUGAACCGUGCCCAAUGUGUUCAGGAGCAAUUACAUGGUUAAAUAUAACUGAAAUUGUUUAUUGUACAAAUCGUCCAUGUUUAUAUUUAUUUGGUGAAACAUUAUUCAGUAUGCGUGCAAAUACAAUAUUUCAUAAUGCAUACAAAACAAGCAGUAAAAAACAUCCAAUUGAUCAUGGUCUGUCAAUAAAUACGUACAACUAUCGAUUAAUUGAAAUGACGGGAGAUAUUCAGAAAAUGUGUAACAAACUGUUUCAACAACAUUAUAAUUCAACGGUUCGGUGUCCGUCGGGAUGA